CCCUGAACUUUAAACUCAGAAUCAUUUGGAACCAGUAGCAGAGAGUUGCAGCUUGUGUGGGACAGUCACUUGAAAAGAUAGUGUGGUUUUAAUCACUCCUGUCAACAUGGCUGAGAGCAUUGUACCACCGUCAGGAGGAGUUGCUGGAACAAACAUUCCAAAUUCCACUGCAGUUGAUGUAAAUGAUGAGGCCUUAUCUCAACUGAUCAAUCCCAUCACCACAAAGUUGAUCCCUGUCUUAUACACCCUAGUGUUUGGCAUUGGGCUCCCAACAAAUGUUCUGGCUCUUUUAACAAUGGCUGCCAAAAGCAAGAAACCUUCCACCAUCUUCCUGAUCAACUUGGCGACUGCCGACCUUCUCCUGAUCCUGAUGCUGCCGUUCAAGAUCUCCUACCACCUCCUGGGCAAUGACUGGCUCUUUGGUGAGGGACUCUGUCGGACAAUGACCGCCUUCUUCUACGGGAACAUGUACUGCUCCAUCCUGUUGCUCACCUUCAUCAGCAUCGACAGAUACUUCGCUCUGGUCCAUCCAUUUUUCUCCAAGCGUUUCAGGGACAAUCGGUUUGCCUUAAGUGUUUGUGCUGUCAUUUGGGUGACAGUUGUUCUCUUUGUUUGGCCUUUUUUUUCUGUUAAACAGUCUUUUAGAAUCAAGGGUCUAAAUAUCACCACGUGCUAUGAUGUGUAUCUAAAGAAUAAUCAGGUUGUGUAUUUCUAUUACUGGUUAAUUUUUGUGAUAUUAGGAUUUUUCAUUCCGAGCCUCGUCACUAUAUCCUGUUACAGUCUUAUAAUCAGAUCUUUAACAGUUAAUGAUAUAAAGUACAAAAAGUCUGCAAAAAUCACUCUCUUAAUACUGUUUGUAUAUCUAGUAUGUUUCACUCCGAGUAAUAUCAUGCUUCUGGUGCACCAAUGGGUGCCUGACCUCCAUAAACAUUACAUUUUCUUACUGUGUCUGAGCAGCUUUAACAGCUGCUUUGAUCCUUUCCUCUAUUAUUAUAUUUCUGAGGAUUGUAGAAACAGAGUGAAAAGGAUAAUCUGUUUCCAGAAAGUUGAUACCAGUUUGAAUUUGCAGCCAUCCACAAGGCUGACUCAUACUCCUAUCACAAAUUCCUUAUGCAGUUCCUCAGUGAUUUAGUGAGUGGAGUGAUCCAAAUAAGGUAACUCCCACGAUCACACUCUGAAUUACAAUUAGCUGCUGGCAGGACAGAUGCUGGAUUUAUUUUUAUCAGCUCAUGUGAGGCAGGGAAAUACCAAGCAGCACAUUUCUGCAUCUUAAGGAGCUCCUCAGCCAGAAAUUGUAAAAUAACUGAAUAAAGACAGAGAUCAGAACUUGCUGAGCUGAAUCACUUAGCCUUCAUUAGACAGAGCCACGGGUGCUAAUUGCUCGUAGUUCACAGCCAGGAAUUUCUAGCCAGGGGAAUCCUGCAAUGAGUUUCACAAACUGGACACUGUCCAUCUGUCUCCCCUGACACAUCCUGCCUGUCUCCCCCGGCAUUGUCUGCCUGUAUCCCCCACCCCCCAACACAGUCUGCCUGUCCCCCCUGACACUGUCCACCUAUCCGCCCUGACACUGUCCGCCUUUCCCCACUGACACUGUCUGCCUGUCUCCCCCAACACUGCCCACCUAUCCCCCCUGACACUGCCUGUCUUCCCGACACUGUCCACUUGUCUCCUCCAGGGGAGAAUUGACACCAGCAUUUACCAGAAAACGAAUUUGAAUAUGCUGAUUGGAUUAUAUAUAAUAAAGUGGAGAAGCAAAAGCACCAGCAUGGACCAGUUGGGCCAAAUAGCCUGUUCUGUUCUGUAAAUUCCAUCCAUUCACCGGUGACAAAUCAGGUGCAACACAGCUAACAUUCAGUGAAGGGGUUUACUGUCACUAGAAGUUUCAUGAGACUGAUUUGCUUUUCAAUUACAAUCAGUUUUUAAAUAUUGUAGCCCAGAACAGUUAUAAAAAAGAUCAAGAUGGUGCAAUUAUAUUGAUGUAGAAUCAGAGACUGUGAACGUUAAAUUGGAAGGUGAGCAAAUUUAUAAAAGGUUUGUUUUUUUCCUACAAAAUUUACUUAUCUUGUGAUUUUCAUUAAUCUGUUUCACAUUACACGAUUGUGGAAAAAUGAUAACUGUUGGAAUGUUUUGCCUUGCUGCAGCUGUAAUUUGUGGCUUUGGUUUUAUUCUCACUGCGUGCGGGUUUCAGUUGAGCGGAAUAUAUUCAAAACUCAACUUUAAAAAACAAACCUGAAAGAAUUGUCACAUUGUAAAUUGAAUUCUCUCAACUUGCUUUAGUUUGAAUGUGCAUUUCUGUUUAUUUAUUGCAGGCUAUUUUGUGAGUUCUCAAUAAAGAACUGAACUUUAAAGUG